AGUGCCAAGUUUUGAAUUGAGCCUGGACUAUGCUAUCUUUGGACUAUGAGUCCUGCCGAAGGGUGUCAGCCCGAAAUGCCAACUGUACUUUUUUCCAUAAAUGCUGUCUGGCCUGCUGAGUUCCUCCAGCAUUUUGUGUGUGUAUGCUAUCCCUGUGUCAUGCUACCAGUUCCGUGUUCUGUGUGUAACUCUCCAGCAACGCAGAAUGAAGCAAUAAAUCAUCAUACUGCAUCACUCAGUUUUCAGAGCAGGUCAAUCCGUCUCCUACAAGUUUGGCCUUUUGAAGACUUGCUAUGAAAAAGAAGAAUACCAACCACAUUUGGUAUAGAGAGAGAUCACUAGCUUUCAGACGAGAUAUUAGAUAAAGAACCUGCAAAAGAUCUCAUGGCGUUACUUUGAGAAAGAGAAGCUGAGCUCACCAUGAUCCCUUGCACUGUAUUCCCUUCAUAAACAUAUAAAUGGUUCCUUUGAAGACCCUGACCUGGAGUUACACGCUGGCUGCUGGCUGUGUGCCGAGAGACCCGAGUUCUUUGGGCACAGAGCUCGGAAAAAGCGACACAACGGGCUUUUAACACUGUUAAUCAGCGAGUCAUCUGUUAUGUCUCCCUCUUGCUUAAUAGGGAGAGAGAGAGAGAGAGCCUGUGACUUGAAGUACUGAAGAUACUACCACUGCAGUGGAGAUACAGGUCACCAGCGCUGGCAGAGGGGGCCACCACUACAUAUUUGUUUUGACCUGGGAGCCGCCUACUACCUCUGUGAAAUGAUCGACAGUCAGAUUGGUCAGACUGGGCGCCAAUGGGAGGGAAAUGGACCGGAUGGUGGACCAGUGCCAACUGAAGGCCACGUUCCCUUAUCUGGAUAACAUCACCAUCUGCGGUCACAACUGGCAGGAUCACGACACAAACCUCCAACGAUUCUUCCAAGCGGCCAAAGCUCUUAACCUCACCUAUAACAGGGACAAGUGUGUGUUCAGAACCACCCGACUUGCUAUCCUUGGGAAGUCCGCCACUGGGACCACCCUACCGGCUUGGCUGACGUCCCCAGGGCCAGUGCUGCUCCAGAAACAUGCGAGGAGCAAUAAAUAUUCCCCGCUGGUCAAGAGGGUUCACCUUCUACAUGCGAACCCCCAGUAUGCCUAUGUGGUCUUACCUGAUGGGUGGGAGGACACGGUCUCCAUCCGCGACCUGGCGCCCGCAGGAGCACCAGACCACUACCCUGAAAACUCCAUGAUGACUAUGAACCCCGUACCCACCGAGGUGUAUACCCACGAGACACCACGCACACCAAGCCCUACACAGACUCCUCACGACACUCCCAUACCAGCUGCCACGCACACGCAUGAGGGAUUACUGACGCCUAACGGGCUGGCACCUCAAGUCAGGCCGGAACCAGCACGACCACCGUCACCGGUGCAAUCACAGCCGGUGCUACGUAGAUCGCAGCGACAGACUCAACCGCCUGAUAGACUUAACCUGUAAAUAUACUUGUAAGAGACUUCGCCCUGUGGGGACUCUCUUUAAAACCAAGGAGGGGUGAAUGUGGUAAACCAUGUAUACCUGUCUGGACAUGCCCCUCUGCUGACUACUCCUGUGGCUCCUCCCACAGACCCCUGUAUAAAGGCGAUUGGGGCACUGCUCCCCUGCUCCUGG